AUGAAUGAAAUGAAGAAGGAAAAAUGCCGAAAGCGGUCCCGGGACUCCUGGCGGCUGCUGCGUUGCCUGUCCACUUCCUCAGAGCAGUCCCUGGACCAGCUGCCGCCUUGCUACCUGCCGGAACCCAUCACUGCAGACUCGUCCAAGGAGCAGGUCUGCCCACGCCGCCCAAAUGGAGAGGCCAUCACCAUGCUGCCGGUGAGCCUGAGCAACAAUAGCAACAAUGUGAGCAACAGUAGCCUGCGUGACGUGGAGCACGGCGCUCUGGAGGACGAGCUGUCGGCCUAUAUGGAGGAGCUGAACCGGCGAGAGCGCUGCUGAGAGUUGGAGUACGCGGCGGCGGCCGCCGCGCGGCAGCACCGUCGCCGGCGCCACCGCCACCAUCACCACCACCUCCAGCAGCACCACAGCCACCACAGCCCAGACAGCCAGUGUCCGGCCCAAGUAGGCGCGCAGGAGGAAAUCUCCCCACCCCCAGACGACAGCGCUAGUCGGCAUUCAACUGAGACUUGCGCCAUGGCUACUGAGUGCUUUGGAAAUUCCGUGGGCUUCAAAAAUGGAGAGGAGUCAAACUUGGGAGUCAUUCCAACUGCUGUCGACAGUGCCCAUAGAGAUCCUCCAGGUGUCAGAGGAGAGGCAUCGAAUACUGGAGAUAUCCCAGUUCCAUCAGAAUUCCCCAGUAGAGGUACUUCAGAUGUCAUUGGUUUGGUGGCUUGUACCAUGGAACGACCAUUACAAGUGGACACUACGUUUGGUGAAACUGUAACUGUCAUUGGAGAACUAUCCACUACUACUGAGCUUCCAGUAGUAGCGGAUGUUGCUAUUGGAGAAGCUGCUGUUGUCAAUGGAUAGAUGCUGAAUGUGACACACUACCCUUCUGUGAGGGCUGUUGUCUUUUGAAUGACUGCUAGCGUGUGCAACGAGACGUGCAGUGAAAGAGACUCGACUCCUGUUACUGUACAGCCCCCAUUAUUGACCACGUUCGACGAAAUCAUGAGCUUAAUGUAGGUUAAUAGCACAUUUCCUGCUAUUCCCGACCAUUUCUCUGAAAAACCUGUGGGACAAAAAUGAAAGCUAUGGUAAAUUUGUUAUUGAUGAACAUCACUAUAAUUAAUGCUGAGGGUCUCGUAACCUACAGAGUGGAUCCUAAAAUGCCAUUACGAAAGACGGAAAUGGUUUACUUCGGCUCGAGGGUACAAAAUGUUUGCCUAGGCAACUGGUUGUUACAAACUGACAAGGGAAAGUCUUGGGCAUCCUAACGUACAGAUUCACCUUUGACGUGUGUCACUACCUCAUAGGUGUUUUGUUCUAAAGAAAAAGACUGGUUUAGAUAAGUUCAUUUACUGGAAACUGUAAAUAACGAUUCUGCAGUCAGUCAGAGGAAUACCUUGAUACUUACAAGACGAUGUACAGAAGCAAUAUCUACUCUAAGCCACUCCCAAAGACGUUAUCACUAGCCUGAGUGUGGCAUGCAGUGGAAAUGUUCUUUAACUUAGUUUUAUUCAAAUAUCAUGUUCCUCCUCGUUUUAAAUGAUAGGGGUAUCGAUGUGUCUCUCUUCUUAACGAUGUAUCAUCAAGAAAGAAAGAAGAUGUUGUAUGUUUCGUAAUGCUCUUGCUUAUUGGCUAAAUAGAUUCACAUGACAGUUAUUCUAAUGGUAAAUGAAACUAUUGUGGACAGGAAAACCUACCACAGACUGGGAUCAUUGUAGGUACUACCUCAAGUAUUCUUAUGUGUAUAGCUGAACAUAUGUUGUCAUAUUCAUAGAGCUGUGUUUGUGAUGUACCUGACAUGUUGUGUGCUGAAUAUAAUUAUGUGUACAUAACUGUAAUUCCUCUGCUGACACUUAAAGAUAAGAAUUAAUCAUGUUGUAAGCUGUUCAACAGCUGUGAGAAGCUGUAUCAUUGUUGGGUGUUUAGUAACCAUAUGAAAGGCAUAUUUAUCUCUCCAGAACGAUCAUUGAGUUUAUCGUGUGGUAUUUUGAUUUGCAUCUUACGCAGUUUCUUAAGGCCUGCAGUUCAUUUCUCACUUUGAAGUCACACUGCAGCAAUGAAUGUGUCAAGACUAGCAUUUAUAUAUGUCAGUGUUGAUGUUUACUGCAGGAAAUUCAAUAAUUUCGGUUAUCCGCAUCCCCCUUUUAGUCAAUCAGCAAUGUCAUGGUACUGGUAUGCAUAAAAUAUUUUCUGAGUGAUUAAACGGUUCUUACGGUCUACACAAGCAUCUCCAUCUUCACAUGCUCCUGACUGUAAGGCGACAGACAGUUUCUAAUAACGAAAAUAUAUUUUUUCUUUAAAACUGUGACUUAAGUAUUUUAUAUAAUUCCUGAAGCCAUUUUCAAACAUCAGAAAUAUUCAUAUGGAGUAAUAGCCUACUUGUAUAGAAAGUACAGCUGUAAUUACA